CUGACAAGGUCUGCAGCGAAGAAGUAUUGAAGCGUGUCGGGCCAUCAUAUCUGCUAUCAACAGAAGACAGAGAGUAUGGCUUGGUCAAACCCUACGACAUGGUGAUCAUGUCCCAUGUUACGCGGGUAAUCUUUUAGAGGACGGGUAGCUUGCAAACCAAACUGAACGCAGGGUUGUCGGAACAGCAACAAGAAGAUCUAUUCCACAAAUGAACGUAGUUUCCACGAAGUAAAACUCCACAACAGCACUUAACUCGAUAAAUUUACACGGCCUCUGCCAACUUGAAUAAACACUGCUUUCGUCACUCUUGACUAAACACGACCAACGUCAAACUCUCUUCGCUUGUGAAACUGAACUAGUUAAGACUUAACUCGGGCUCGCCUACUUACAUACUUUUACAAUAAGAUUCUAGAACUUUCCAAAUAGUCUAAUUAUAGAAAGAUUACAAAAUAUACCGCUUUUAGAAACGCUUACAUAAGAUCCGAAAAUAAACAAACUAAUGAACUCUCGCGAACUUUCUAGAAAGUCACGCUAGUCACGCAAUACAAUUUUUCGUAACAGUUAUUGAGGGAAGAAUACUAGGAAAGAGACCACCCGGAAGACUUCGAGCGGGAAUGCUGGAUAGAGUGAAGGAUGGCAGCUCUUACGUAGCGGUCAAGAGGCGUACCUUAAAUCAAGAACUGUAAGGAAAGACCUGCCUGUGGGCAGAUCAAGUAGCAUGUUGAAAAGCGGAAACAAAAGGGCUUUUACAUCUCAUUUUGUAUUCCAAUCAGAGAUGAUGCGAUACAAAGCAAAAAGGGGCGACGUGGUUUAAGUAACGCGAUUUAGAACAGAUGUGAUAUAGAGCAAAAUAUAUUGUGAUUCGUAAGUAAAUCACAGUGCUGAGAGCCAAUCAGAUUGCAGGGAUCACCAGCGAUUUCAAAAUGAAAAAUUAAAAAAGCCUGAUAGUCUUUGAUAUAUAUACAGCAUUGAUCUUUAUUUUGUUAUUUUAGGAGGUACUCCAUAUCCCGGGAUAACCCCUAUGAGGCUAUGCAGUUUACUUAAAUCUGGAUAUCGGAUGGAGAAACCCAACACGUGCAGCGAUGAAAUGUAAGUCAGAAUAGAAAUAGUAAAAGACCUCCGUAUAGAGGGCAGAUGAAGAAAUACUUACAUAGUCCUUCAUAGUCCUUCUUUUCUAAAAUUGUCAGCCUUUUCAAGGGAGUGGAAACUGCAGCGCGCCUCUUUCCUUUACGUUACCUCAUUCUAAAAAGAGCCUAUAGAACAUAAGUGUCUUCAAUAUUCAAAGCAAAUGGAGACAUAUCUUUGUGUAGCGGUAUUUUAAACUAUGGCUUCCUUUUUCAACAGAUACAAAUUGACGAUUGACUGCUGGAAGGAGGAUCCAAAUGAACGACCCUCAUUCGUUCAACUAAUACCGAUACUGGAAGAGAUGAUGACAGAAGAUACCCCUUACUAUUAUUUCAGACUACUGGAUCAGAACCAGCCAUGUUACCGUGAGGCAUCCGCUACUAACACCAGUAAAACUAGUACUCUUGAUACCAAGCUGUAA